GAAUGGUCACACACUUUUUGGUGUCCUAAAUUACACUAAAACUCCAGGUGGAAGUAGAAGACUUAGAUCCAAUAUCCUGGAGCCGCUAGUUGAUGUGGAAACAAUCAACACAAGACUGGACUGUGUUCAGGAAUUACUCCAGGAUGAGGAGCUCUUUUUUGGUCUUCAAGCAGUUAUCUCAAAAUUCCUGGAUACAGAACAACUACUUUCAGUUUUGGUGCAAAUUCCAAAGCAGGAUACAGUUAAAACUGCUGAAUCAAAAAUAACUAAUUUAAUCUACCUGAAGCAUACUCUAGAACUUGUGGAGCCUCUAAAAGCUGCUUUAAGAAGUUGUAACACACCACUGCUAAAGGCCUACUACAGUUCUCUUGAAGAUACAAGAUUCAGAAUUAUACUUGAAAAGAUUACAACUGUAAUUAAUGACGAUACAAGGUACACAAAAGGGUGUCUGAGUAUGAGGACCCAGAAAUGCUAUGCUGUGAAGCCAAACAUCAAUGAAUUCCUUGACAUAGCUCGUCGAACAUACACAGAAAUAGUUGAUGACAUAGCAGGUAUGAUAACACAACUUGCAGAAAAGUACAACCUACCGAUGAAAACAAGUUUCAGCUCUGCUCGUGGAUUUUUUAUCCAGAUGAAUGUUGAUUGUUCAACGUUACCCAAUGGUCAGCUUCCUUCAGAAUUUACAAAGAUCACUAAAAUGAAAAACACGUAUAGCUUCACUUCACCAGAUUUAAUAAAAAUGAAUGAAAGAUGUCAGGAGUCCUUGAGAGAAAUCUAUCACAUGACCUACUUAAUAGUGUGUAAACUGCUGAACGAGAUCUAUGAACACAUUCACUGCCUAUAUAAGCUGUCUGACAUUGUGUCAAUGCUGGAUAUGCUGCUUUCAUUUGCGCAUGCCUGCACUCUUUCUGAUUAUGUUCGUCCAGAAUUUACGGAUACUUUAGCGAUCAAGCAGGGAUGGCACCCCAUUCUUGAAAAGAUAGCUAUGGAAAAACCUGUGUCAAACAACACAUUUCUGACAGAGGGUAACAAUUUUGUCAUUGUUACAGGACCAAAUAUGAGUGGAAAAUCAACAUACCUAAAACAGAUUGCUCUCUGUCAAAUUAUGGCACAGAUUGGUUCUUAUGUCCCAGCAGAGUAUUGUUCUUUUCGAAUUGCAGAGCAAAUUUUUACCAGAAUAGGUAUGGAUGAUGAUAUAGAAACAAAUGCAUCAACAUUCAUGAAGGAAAUGAAAGAGGUAACAUACAUCGUACAAAAUGCUAAUGACAAAUCACUCAUCAUAAUUGAUGAACUUGGCAGAGGUACCAGUGCUGAAGAAGGUAUUGGCAUUUGUUAUGCUGCCUGUGAAUAUCUGUUGAAUUUAAAGGCAUUUACAUUGUUUGCUACACAUUUCCUGGAACUGUGUCAUAUAGAUGCUUUAUAUCCCAAUGUGGAAAAUUGCCAUUUUGAAGUGCAGCAUGUGAGAAGCAGUGCUGGAAAUAAGGAGAAAAUUGCUUACACUUACACACUCUCUAAAGGCUAUACAGAGGAAAAGAACUAUGGAUUAAAAGCUGCAGAAGUUUCCUCCCUACCGUCAUCUGUAAUUUUGGAUGCAAAGGAAAUCACAAAGCAUAUUGCAAAACAGAUCUUGCACAGGCAGAAAAGCACUCCUGAGAUGAUGAAACAGAGAGCUGUAUACCAUUUAGCAAUGAGACUGGUUCAGACUGCCAGAAAUUCUCGAUUGGAUCCAGACAGUUUGCGUAUAUAUUUGAAAGGCUUGAAGAAAAAGUAUGAAGCCAGUUGUCCUGCACCUGGACAAAAUGAUGAGCAACA